CAGGUCAGCUCAAACAUGGAGAGAGGAGCAGAGAGACAAAGAGGAGAUGAUAGGGAGGCGGUGGAGGAAAAGAGCCCGGUGGAGAGGCAGUGGGGGGAGGCAGAGGUGCUGGCUCUGAUUUCAGUCUGGGAUGAGAUUGGAGCUCAGCACGUAGCCGAGAACAGAGCCACAUUUGAGUUGAUCUCAGAGCGUCUGAGGAGGCUCAGUUUUGCACGCAGCUGGAGGGAGUGUCAGGCCAAGAGCAGGAGCCUCGGACUUCAGGGCACGAAGCCUGACGCCGCCGCGGGCACAUCAGCAAACUACGGCCCGGGAGUGGAUGCCAGACUGGUGGAGGGCUGGGAGGACGAUGUGGCCAGUCAGAGAGGGAUCUACCCCUCCUCAGCCCCCAUGCCAAUCCAUGAAGGAUUUAAGAGUCGGAUCCGACCGACUCUUCCCUUCACUCCCAACGUGGCCGAGGAGGGGGGGCGCCACUGGACGGACGAUGAGGUGCGGGCGCUGCUGUGCGUCUGGGCCGACAGGAGUAUCCGGGAGCGUCUGAAGAGCACGCUGCGCAACAAGUGCAUCUUCCAGGAGAUGGCCCGCCAGAUGCAGAGAAAGUUCGGGGUGGUGCGCAACUGGAAACAGUGUCGGACCAAGUACAAGAAUUUGAAGUACGAUUACAAGACGGCAAAAAGCGCCCAUGCAGCCGGAGGCAGCAGCACCGGGAGCCCCGGGAAGUAUAUGAAGUUCUUCGAGGAGGUGGAAGCCAUCCUGCUGGACCAAGGGCUGGAAAACGGGACGGUGGAAAUGCAGAAGAGGCUGUAUAACGGAGACAUGGGAGCAGGGAGGCUGCAGACACCAGCGGGCACCGCAGGACAGCUGGCGGCCUCCGAAAAUGAGAUUGUGAUAGAAAUCGAUGAUGAUGACAACAGUGAUGACUAUGACGUGGAUGGAGACGUGGAGGACCAGUGGAGAAGCACAGAGACUCACUUGGGACACACGGACUCCUCCGGCUCCGACCAGUUCCACGUUGUCACGGUGACGGACACCGGGCGAAACUGGAGCGACCAAGAGGUCCGAGCUCUGAUUGACGUGUGGUCCGACGAGCGCAUCAGCAGGCAGCUGGAGAGCUCCACCAGGAAGAGGGACAUCUUCAUCCAGAUCUCCAGCCGGCUGCUGCAGCAGGGCAUCGAGCGCGACUGGAAGCAGUGCCACACCAAGUACAAGAACCUCAAGUACCUGUACCGGUCCCUGCAGCGGGGCAGGGCCGAGGACGCCGACCCCAGCAACUUCAUGAAGUUCUACGACGAAGUGGACGCCAUCAUGAAACACGGUGCCAACGGCUCGCCGCGCAACGCCGGAGCUGCGGACAAGGCGCACUCACGCGCCCUUGAAAUUCUGCAGGUUUGUGAGGAAAACCACCGGGAUGACGUCUAUUUGACAAAGACAAACACAGCAACAGCAGCAGCAAGGGUGGGAGCAGCGGAUGAGAGGACUUCUAGUUCUGAUUCUGUUUCAUCCGUGGCCACUGAGGUCCCGUCAAACACUGACGACCUCAGGCUGCAUCCAGUGAAGGAGCAACAUCUGGAUCGACAACCCAGACUGAUGAGCCCUUCUGACGGUCGGGGAGAAAAAGAGGGCCCCUUUUUAGCAAACAGAGGAAUGAAAAGGAAAGCUGUGGAUCAAGACUUCAAACUGCAGAAACCAGCAAAAAAACUGAACGUCGGCCAUGACUCUACUGAUAAAGUGGAGGCCCAGUGCAAAGAAGAGCAGGAACACAUCCCGAUAAUAAAGAUCAAUUCUGUCUGUUCAAUGGCUCACCCUUAUCCAUCCCAACAAAAGCAGGACACGCCGAGAUCAAGCAGCACCAUGGCCUCCACUGCAGAGUUGAACUUGGGCCAGAAACUCAAUGAGGGAAAGACAAAGCAGAUCUUUGAAAUCGUGGACCAGCCCGGACUGGUUCUGGUCCAGUCCAAGGAUCAGAUCACGGCUGGGAACGCUGUUAGGAAGGAUCAGAUGGAGGGGAAGGCUGCCAUCGCCAACAGGACGACCAGCUGCGUGUUCAGACUGCUGCAGGAAUCCGGCGUCAAGACUGCCUUCGUGAAGCAGCACUCGGACACGGCGUUCGUUGCGUCCCGCUGCGAGAUGAUCCCCAUCGAGUGGGUGUGUCGCCGAGUGGCAACCGGGUCCUUCCUCAAGAGGAAUCCAGGGGUCAACGAGGGUUACCGUUUCUCUCCCCUGAAGAUGGAGAUGUUCUUUAAAGAUGAUGCCAACAAUGACCCCCAGUGGUCGGAGGAGCAGGUGCUGGCCGCUAACUUCAAUCUGGCCGGGCUCACCAUCGGUCAGUGCGAGGUGGACAUCAUGAAUCGCAGCACAGUGGCCAUUUUUGAGAUUCUGGAGAAGGCUUGGGCCACUCAGAACUGCACUCUGGUGGACAUGAAGAUUGAAUUUGGCGUUAAUGUGAAGACUCAAGAGAUUGUCCUCGCUGAUGUGAUUGACAAUGAUUCGUGGAGGUUGUGGCCAGCCGGAGAUCGAAGCCAGCAGAAAGAUAAGCAGGUGUACCGGGACCUGAAAGAGGUGACUCCAGAGGCGAUGCAGAUGGUGAAGAGAAACUUUGAGUGGGUGUCUGAAAGGGUCAAGCUGCUGCUGGAGCCCCAGGAAAACGGCAGGGUGGUGGUUCUGAUGGGAUCCACCUCGGAUAUGGCCCACUGUGAAAAGAUCCGGAAGGCUUGUGCCUCCCACGGGAUCCCCUGCGUCCUGAGGGUCACCUCGGCACACAAGGGUCCGGAUGAGACUCUCCGCAUCAAAGCAGAAUAUGAAGGUGACGGCAUCCCCACCGUAUUCGUGGCUGUAGCUGGCAGAAGUAAUGGCUUGGGGCCAGUUAUGUCUGGAAACACCGCUUAUCCCGUCAUCAACUGCCCUCCUCUCACUCCAGACUGGGGAGCACAAGAUGUCUGGUCAUCCCUGCGAAUGCCAAGUGGCCUCGGCUGCUCCACAAUCCUGUCUCCUGAGGCUGCCGCUCAGUUCGCGGCGCAGAUCUUCGGCUUGAACAACCACCUGGUGUGGUGCAAACUGAGGGCCUCCAUGCUCAACACCUGGGUGUCUCUCAAGCUGGCGGACAAGAAGUUGCAGGCCUGCAGCCUCUAAGUGGAGACCCAUCCAGGCCCGCGUGGCCCGUGUCUGUUUACUUGUUAACGGUUGAUGUUUGUCUUCCUCCGAUCAUUCCAUUAAAAGACGUGCUGGAAAAA